AAAUCAAUUGGAAAAAAUGUAUUAAAAAUGUGUCUAGUCACCGAUCCGAACAAUCGAACAAUAGUUUUCUUGCAUCAAGAGUGAGAAGUGGUUAACUCUAGUACACGUCAUGGGACUCGAUCUAUUUUCCAAUUUACAAAAAUCUUCACUUCAAGUUAAUGGACCUCUUCUAAAGUUAAAAUUUACCUACUUCUUUGUUUACGCAAUAUGGUUUAUCGCAUUUCCGUACGUCUCGCUUAUUUCCACACAAAUUAUCGACUACACGCAACUAGCAAUUAUAUAUGGUUGCGUACCAGCUACGUCAAUACUUGGACCUGUCAUCACAGGGUUUGUGGCAGACAAAAUAGGCAAUUAUAAAAUGAUUUUGACAGCCACUCUACUCUUGAAUGCAGUAAUGUACCUGUCCGUGCUAUGGCUUGGAUCCGAUCACCUAAGCUAUAACGCUGGUGGAUUCAAUCAAACCAACAGUUCCGCUAAUAACUCGGACUUGGUGUCGACCAGCAGUUCCGUUCCCCAAAGUACUUACACUUUCCCUUUAUUGCUAGUCGUUCGCUUAGUGGGGUUCUACUCGUUCGAUACAACCAACUUCCUCUUGGACAGCUGUUCUUCGACAAUGUGUAAAAAAUACGGCGGCGAUUUUGGGCGACAGAAAAUGUUCACCAUGGCAAGCAUGAUUAUCUUCCCUGUAAUUGUGGGAGUUUUGAUUGACAAAAUAUCUGCCUAUAGAGGUUUUAACGACUAUUCGAUGGCAUUCUACAUUAGCACGGCAAUAACAUUGGGUGUCACCGUACUAAUUUACAAUUUAGACGUCCAAGUCGAGAAAAAUAAAAAUUCUUUUGUUCAAACUGCAAAGGAAAUAAUCAGAAUGAUCGAUGUGGACGCGUUCUUCUUAGUUCAAGUCGUUGUCGGGAUCUGUUCGGGAUGGCACAGAAGCUUCUUUCCAGUCUACGUCAACUUGGAGAUCGAGGAUUCAAAAAUUAUUUUCGGAGCUGCUGCGAGUAUUAGUGGAAUAGGUUCAAUAAUCGUGUAUUGGACUGCCAAAAAAAUCGUUGAGAAAUUUGGCGCACCCACGACGGUUGCCGUGUCACUAAUACUCACGUGCUUACGUUUCAGUGCCUAUUAUUUUUUUAAGAAUCCUUGGGUUAUUUUGAUUAACGAAUCACUCGAGGGAACUAGCGGAUUCUUAUCCGUUGUUGCGGGGAAUUAUUUCUGUGGAGUCGCUGCGCCACCAGGAAUGGUCGCCUCGCUCAACGGACUACUCUCUGCUGCUGUCUUCGGAGCUGGAAGAGGAUUGGGCUUAACUUUGGGGAGUGUGUUGACGGCAGAAUACGGAAUACGUUUUACGUAUUUGGUCUUCGGUAUCUUUGCUGGAGUAACUUCUUUAUCUUACAUAAUUGUCUACCAUUUGUUCUUGAGGAAAAUAGAACAAGCAAGACUUCUGUCAGCUAAUCAAAAGCCGAAUGAAACGGCCGUCGAGAACCCAGCAAGUGUUGCGUGCGCAAAGGAUAAUGCUGGGAAUCUAUCUAAUUAAUUGCCGAAGCAUUGUGUCACCUAGCGCUAUUACGGAGUUUGGGAUGCAACUUUCAUCCGCAUAGAUUCAGUCAUAUAGAUGCAUCGUUCUAUGAGAAUGCUUACAAGUCAUAGUCAAUGUCUUUGUGAUGGCAAAGUUAUUCAAACCCAGUAAAAGCUUCCACUCGCCCGCGUAUUGUUUAUGCUAAUGCGCUAGUGAACAGUUGGUAAAUAAUACGUAUUCAUUAAUGUGUAGGCUAAUAUCACCCAUUUUCUCUAUGAGUGUCCCACCCCCAAAAUAAAAGGUUCCCCUGAA